AUGCUUAUAUUUUUAACAUUUGCAUUCCUAAACACCUUUUACAACGUAACAACAUUGUCAGUGUUUGUGAAGAUUUCAUCGAGAGAAGGUCUUUACGAAGUACUAAAUUUGGUUGAAAAAAAUACCCAUAAAUUCAACUUGAAAUUGAUUAGCGAUAAAUGGGAAGAGCCCAAAAUAGGAGUAAAAGAUAAAUAUGGUACCUUUCAUUUUGAAGAAAAUGAAGGAAAUUAUAGUGAAGAUUUGGAGAAAUACAACCUGAAAAUUUACAAUGAGAAUGUUUGUUAG